GUACACACACACACUGACACACACACACACACACACAGCUGUAAACAGUGUGGUGGCGAGGCGAGGGGUGCGGAGACAGUGUGUGCUGACUACCUUGCCUCGUCAACCCACGCUACCUCCUGCUCCGUGAAUACUUUAGAGUGAUCGUAGUUGAUCUACCUUAAAUACGAGUUUGGAUCCGUGAAUUAGCAAGUGGUGGCGAAGAAAGUUUAAGGAAGUUCUGAAGGUGUUUGCAAAAAUGUUUGGAAGGAUACUUGUUCUGAGUCUGCUGUGUGUGGCCCUUGCUGAUGACUUCUAUGAGCUGCUGGGUGUUCCAAGAAAUGCUGAUGUUAAAGAUAUAAGGAAGAAAUUUAAAGAAAAAGCACUUUUGCAUCAUCCAGACAAAAACAAGGAUGACCCUGAAGCACAUGAAAAGUUUGUGCGAAUCAACCGUGCAUAUGAGGUGCUCAAAGACGAGGAUCUGAGGAAAGUGUACGACCUCCAUGGCGAGAAAGGUCUGGAUGGAGGAAGCUCAGGGCACCAGUAUCACUCAUGGAGUUACUACAGGGACAACUUUGGUAUCUAUGAUGAUGAUCCAGAGAUCAUCACUCUCAAUAAAGCAGAUUUUGAACAAAGUGUGACAGGUUCUUCAGACAUCUGGUUCAUCAACUUCUAUCAUCCCAUGUGUUCGCACUGCCACACAUUGGCUCCCGUGUGGCGGAAGGUGGCUCGAGAGUUAGAGGGAGUGGUCAGGAUUGGUGCAGUGAACUGUGACGACGACUACCACCUGUGCUCCUCGCAGGGCAUUCGCUCCUAUCCAACACUCAUGUCCUAUCCAGGAAAUGUACAAUACAAGGAAGACAAGAGCAAGAAGCUGCUGGUGAAGUACAUGCUGCGGCAGGUGAAGACGAAGACGGUGCGUCUCACCCAAGCAGCCUUUGAGGCCACACUGGCAAAAAAGCAGCAUGCUGACAAACCAUGGAUUGUGUUGUUCUAUGAGAACAUGGAUGAAAAAGAAGAGUCCUGGGCACUGCAGAUUAAACUAAGUGCGAUAUUUGAUGGCUUGGUCAGUGUAGGCUUUGCAGAAUGCUACAAAGAGGAAGACUUCUGUACAAAGCUUGGAUCACACUCUGGAGUGAUGUUCUUUGAUACUGGAAAAGUAUCAUCUGGCCAAGGCACCAAGAUACAAAGCCUUGAUGCUCAAGAAAUUUCGAGAGAGGUUUUGGGAUUCUUGCCUGAAAUGAAGUUACUUGAUGAUGAAACUUUUAAGGAAAUUCGUGAAAAGCUGGACUCUUAUGAAGAAAAUGUGUCUUGGCUCAUCGAGUUCAGCGGUGAUAACGAUGAUGAUGCCUUUGAGAUACGUAAACUGCCAGCUCUGGUCCCCUCAUUGAAUCUUGGAAGAAUAAAGUGUUCACAGAUGAAGAAGCAUUGUGAUGACCUCUACAUUGGGAAGACUCCAUCAUUUAUGCUGUUCAAACCAGGUGGAGGAUAUGAAGUUCAUCAUGGGAGGCAGCUGGCCCAUGACAUCGCAGUGUUUGCACGGGAAGGAGCAUCAGCACCAAACUUUCAGAUCCUGACACCCCAGAAAUUCCCAAAGGUGCUGAAUGAUGGCUCCACUUGGUUUGUGGACUUUUAUGCCCCAUGGUGUCCACCGUGUAUGAAAUUACUACCAGAGUUUCGCAAGGCCAGCAAACUGGUAGACUCACCAAUAAAGUUUGGAAGCAUCGACUGCACGCUUCAUCAAGACCUAUGCACCAAGUUCAAUAUUCACCAGUAUCCCACCACCAUCCUGUACAACCAGAGUGUACCUCAUGAAUAUAUGGGUUACCACAGUGCUGCAGAGAUUGUGGCUUUUGUCACUGACACCUUGAAUCCAGUAGUUGUGGAGCUUGACAUUGAGAAGUUUGACAAGUUCAUUGGUAACAAGCCCCGUGGAGAAGUGUGGGUUGUGGAUUACUUCGCUGGAUGGUGUGGGCCGUGUCGAGCCAUGGCUCCUGCCUACAGAAAGUUUGCUCGCAUGAUGAUUGAUCAUCCGUUGGUGCAUGUUGCAACUAUAGACUGUGCUGUGUUUGGUGGACUCUGUAGAGAGCAAAAGAUUAACAGCUAUCCAUCCAUCAUAUUAUACAAAGCAUCAAGCUAUGGAACACGGGCACCAGUUAAGUAUCAGUGGCAGUCCAGAAGUGCUGAAUCUUUCCGUCAGUGGACCUACACUCAUCUUCCUUCCAAAGUGGAUGAACUGGAUGCUGAGAAGUUUGAAAGUCUCCUCCACAGUUCUCAGCCUUGGCUUGUGGACUUCUUUGCUCCGUGGUGUAGUCAUUGUCAUGCCUUUGCUCCAGACUUUGAGGAUAUUGCUAAAGCUUUGGAUGGUGUUGUAAUGGCAGGGAAGUUGAACUGUGACCUGUACAGGAGUGUAUGUCAGUCAGCAGGAGUCAAUGCUUAUCCAACAGUGUAUUUGUACAGGGGCUCACAGUCCCACCACCGCCAGAAUGCUCGUGGCUUGGAGUUUCCAUCUCUAAGCAAACAAGAUAUCAUAAGCACAGUUCCUCGAUGGCUUCCAAAGACUAAUAAACAUGAUGAAUUGUGAUGAAGAUAAUCUUAAGGUACACAAGGGUAGAAGACUCACAGAAAAAGCACAGUUAUCUUUUGAUGAGGUACAUUUACACACAAUGUAUACAACAAUGAUGGCCUGACUACCUAAACACCUGGAUCAGAUGAGCAGCACAUAAGAAUAUAGAGAGAAACUACCAUGCAUUCAAGUAAAGUAACGCAAAUGGUGCAUGAGCACCACACUGGAAUGUCUCUCUCCUACAAACACCAAGAUAUGCCCAAUUUGCCCAUAUCGGCAGUGAACGAGAGAGGAUCGAGCUAUGUAAUGAGAGCAUGGCAUUAUACUGCAGCAUAGUAAACUGCUAUGUCAACACUGCUACUGCACUAGGGUGAACAUUCACCACUCUGCACCAUGCUACCUCUCCCUGCAGGUUGUUCCGGGGCGUGUCUCACCAGCAGGGUGACUGGGCAGGGAGUGAAGCCGCUCAAGGUUGUGACUCUCUUAGGGCAUGUGGUUAAAUCAACUCUACCCACCCAUACACAGGGCAGAUGCUUCUGACCUGAUUGCUCUCACCCAAAAAACUUUAUUUUGCAAAAUUUUCACUUGUUCUCAUACUCUCACCUUACCCCAUACAAACGAGGAUAUUUAUUUCAAA